GUUCCCUUCCCGUUGAAAAGAAACAAUAAAAUGCGGUACAGUAGGAGAAAAACCGCGAGAGGUCCGUGAGAAAAAUAAAAGUGGAAGGAAAAAGUAGAGAGAGUUGCAAGAGUGCACAAAAGAGGAAAGAAAAAAUAAAAGAAAAAAGGAAAAAAAAAGGCUCGAACCCACGGGUGGAGUGACGGAGGACUGUUCGGAAGCUGACGAGCCUUGUCUUCUGGAGGCAUUUGUUGCAGGUCUUCUGGGACGAAGGAAUCUGGGAAUUCGGGAAAGUACUGUUGCGGGCGACGGGAAUGUGCAAGUGCUCGAGACAAAAGCCAUGGGAAGGCGUUUAGGAACGACAAAGGCUCACUUUACAGCUCUAGCUGCUCUGACUGGGCCGAUUCAGAACGCAGAGAGCUGUUGUCACAUGAGAUGAACAACUCCCCAUGUUGAAAUCACAUGGCCACGAGCGCUACUGCACCCACUCCCAGAUUGAACUCCUGUGUAUGAGACUGUGAUCUGCUUGAUGGUUGCCUAGAGACAAAUUUAUUCUCCCUCUCUAUUCUUACCUGUCGAGAAGGUAGAUCCAUAUCCGUAGCCGACAGUACACUAACUUGGAAUCCAGAAUCGACUGAAGGUAGUCAGCUUCGCUAGCAGACUCUGACGAACCAAAUGGUGGGAUCCGACUGAGAGAAAGUUGAGUGUUCGGUUGAGCUCUCAGUAUACAUGCAAGCCGAAAAUAGAUGUGGCAAGUAAGCCUGGAGCUCGAUACAGUAGACAGAAUAAGAGAUUAGAACUGAUGAAGCAGAAGCUUGCAGAAGCCUCCGAGUUAUAUAAUGUCCUGAGGUGCUUUACCAGAAACUCGACAUGCUUCAGGGUCUAUUUUUCUCUCGUCUAUAUUUUCGAGUUUACUCCUAAUUUGGUGCUAGAGUAUGCGCCAAACUGUCAGUGUUCGGGUGGAGUAUUGCAACACGGUUGGAUUGGAGUUGGAGAAGGUUGACUGACUGAUCUUUUCG